AAUAAUACAAAAGGUUCCCAGCAAACUAUCACUACUAUGCUACAAUGUGUUGUCCUUCACAAAGGAACUAAAAAACUUAAUAUUUGUCGCGCUGUUGCGGAAUGGCUUGUGAUUGAUAAUCAACCAUUUGAAGUUAUUAGCGGAGAAGGGUUUCGUAGAUUUAUGUUGCAAAUAGAUCCUGCCUUUCGUUGGCCUUCUUAUAAGACAUUAAAAAAAGAAAUAUCUAUUGCAAACACAACUGCAAAAAGCCAAAUCAACAAUCUUUUAGCACGAAGCAAAAGGUUGCCAUGCACAGCCUAUACCUUACAAUUAUCAAUCAAUCACGCAUUUAAGGCAAAGCGUCGACAAAUUAUCCAUAUACAAAAUUUGGUUAAAUUUUUUGAUUCACCUAAACAAAGUCAGAGAUUAGAUACUGUGCAACUUGAAAUGCAUAAAAAUAAGCAGAAAGAAAUAUCUUAUAAUAAUCCAAUUUCAUCUGAUGAAUCUGAAAAUAAU